AUGUCGGCCACCCCCGACUUCGUCGGCCCAUCGGACCAGGCAAGCCUCGAGACAAGCCUCAAUACAAGCCGUUCCCGGAAGUCCAUCGUUGCUAGUCUUCGCCACAAGACAUCGCGACUCCUUGGUCGCAAUGUCACCACCAAAAACGCCACAACAGACAACACUCCCCAGCCCCUCCAACCCGACCCGCCGAAGAGCAAACGCGGUUGGUUCCACUCGGUCGGUUCUCGCUUCCAUCGCCAUGACCACAUCGCUCUCGGAUCGUCAGAGUGCUCCCAGGAGAUCCAGAUUGUGAUGGAGGAAGCACCUCAGAAAACCAACUCGCCCUCUUCCCCUGAGACCACGCCGCCCCGGUCACCCAUGAGACGUCGCCGUUUUAGGAGUCGUCUUCGGCUGCAUUCUCUGCCCUCAAGGUUUCGCCGACGUGGCGUCUCCCUGUUUAGCCGAUCACCGUCUCUUUCGGACGAAGACAAGGAGAACUUUGUAGCUGUUGCUGGUCCCGCCGCGCGUUCAGGGGAAGGUUCCAACGCCGGGAGCUGGAGUUCGUUCCGGUCUGGUGUCCAAAGAGCUGUUCGGGAGGUCAUGACCAACCUCAAAGCCAAACCGCCGGAGACCAGGACCAAGACCCAAACCAAGCCCGGCCAGUACGGCUAG